AUGUCGGCCCCUACUCAAUCCACCCCUGUGUUUAAGGCCCUUACCGAGGCGUCCUUUUCAGACUCAUCUCUGUCUGAAGAAGCAAAGCGAAAUGCCCUCUAUUGGUGGAACACUAGCGCCAAUGAUUUGGCCAGAAUGCUCCACCAGGCCGACUAUAGCGAAGAAGUUCAACGUGGAUUCCUUUCCUACUACCGGGAUAACAUCUGUCCUCGACUUGGUGGCAAGCCAGACAAGGAUGCUGCCGAUAGUGGAGUCGGCUGGGAUGGCAACCCUUUGGAGUACAGCUUCGAGCUGAAGGGCUCAACCAAGAAGAAGUCGGUACGAUUUGUCGUCGAUCUCACCGAGCUGCGACCCGCCGAUCACAGCAACCCACUCAGCAUGAAGCACACACAAGAGAUGGUUGAUCUCCUUGCUGAGAAGACCCCUAACUUCGAUGAUACGUGGUACGGAGUCUUGAAGAAGUGGUUCGUGUAUGCGCAUCUCUCUCCAGAGGAGCAGACUGCGUUGAUCGCCAAGGCUGGGCAGCAAACCUCUGUUAUUAUCGGUUUCGAUAUCUACCCCAAACUUACAACUCCCGAUUCGCUUCCCGUUAUGGGCAAGGUUUACUUCCCGCCUUGCUAUGUUGCCUCCGACAAGGGUAUCUCUCGCUGGCAAGCCGUGCGCCAAGGUAUUCAGCAGCUGCCGGGCGUUGAAAAAUUCCCCAACAUUCUGAACUCCACCGAGAUAAUCAACGACUAUCUUUCAUCGAAGCCUGACUCAUGGGAGAUGGGAACCCGCUACUUGGCCACUGAUCUGGUUUCACCCAACAAGGCCCGCUUCAAGGUCUACAUGCGUUGCUUUGAUACUUCAUUUGAGGGUAUUUGGGACUACUACACUCUCGGAGGUCGCAUUCCCAAUCUGGAUGAAGAUCGCGAGAAGUUCCGCCAGCUUAUGGAUCUUGUCAGUGGCACCACCUAUGCCGAGACGAGAAGCAAGGAUGAUAUGGAAAUGCCCCGCUUCACUUCCGCAACAGGAAAGUUGACAGCUAUCUACUUCAACAUCUCUCCCGACAACCCUUACCCCGCGCCCAAGCUGUGCAUCUACCCUUCUAAUUUUGCUAAGGAUGAUGGAGUCAUUGCAAAGGGUCUGGAUGAGUGGCUGGAGAAGUAUGGUUGGAGCGAUGACACCAAGUCCAUGGAGGAUCAAGUUAAGAGUGUAUUUGACCAUCGUAAAUUGGAAGAGACCACAGGUAUCUUCACUUUCAUUGGAAUCGGAAGAAAGGAGGACCCAACCAAGAAGGAGCUCAGCAUCCAGGUGUAUAUGACUCCCGAGUUGUACCGAACACCUCGUUUCUAG